CUGCGAGCAGGGGCGAGUGCCGCACCGCGCCCAUCCCGCCGGAGCCACUGUCUCCGUGUAAUGGCCGCCGCCCGCCGCGCCUAGUCUAGUCCGCCUCAAGUCGCCGCCACAUCGAGCCGGGCAGACAGACAGAACCAGCCGCACGUACCGCGCAGCCUUCACUUCACCCCUACCUGCACCGCAGUGCUCACAGCCGACGCCGAGGAGGAACGAAAGCCACAGCGCAGUCGGCCCCGAAGCGCGACGGUUGGCGCCGAGCCCCGGGCCGAGAGCGGUCAAUGUGAGCGGCAGCCCGCCGGAUAUUGGGAGUGUUGCAGUGGAGGCAAGCUUAGUGCAGGAAAAUGAGUGAGCUGGAGCAGUUACGUCAGGAGGCUGAGCAACUGAAGAAUCAGAUCAGAGAUGCCAGAAAAGCAUGCGCGGAUGCUACUUUGGCCCAGAUCACAGCCAACAUUGAUCCUGUGGGUCGAAUUCAGAUGCGUACUAGGCGAACACUACGAGGCCACCUUGCUAAAAUUUAUGCAAUGCACUGGGGUACUGACUCCAGACUGCUUGUCAGUGCCUCCCAGGAUGGGAAAUUGAUCAUUUGGGAUAGCUACACCACAAACAAGGUCCAUGCCAUACCUCUGCGAUCUUCCUGGGUCAUGACAUGUGCAUAUGCACCUUCCGGUAACUAUGUUGCUUGUGGUGGUUUGGAUAACAUCUGUUCUAUCUACAACCUGAAAACCCGUGAAGGAAAUGUCCGUGUCAGCCGUGAGCUGGCUGGCCAUACAGGUUACCUGUCCUGUUGCCGUUUCCUGGAUGAUAACCAAAUUAUAACCAGUUCAGGAGAUACCACCUGUGCUCUUUGGGAUAUUGAAACUGGGCAGCAAACAACCACAUUUACUGGCCACACUGGUGAUGUCAUGAGCCUUUCUCUUGCCCCUGAUACAAGGCUUUUUGUCUCCGGUGCUUGUGAUGCCUCAGGCAAACUUUGGGACAUUCGAGAAGGCAUGUGCCGACAGACCUUCACUGGACACGAGUCUGAUAUAAAUGCCAUUUGCUUCUUCCCCAAUGGAAAUGCAUUUGCGACUGGCUCGGACGAUGCCACCUGCAGGCUGUUUGACCUGCGUGCUGAUCAGGAGUUGAUGGUGUAUUCGCAUGACAAUAUCAUUUGUGGCAUUACAUCUGUGGCGUUCUCUAAGAGUGGUCGUCUCCUGCUCGCUGGCUAUGAUGACUUCAAUUGCAAUGUCUGGGAUACUCUGAAAGCUGACCGUGCAGGAGUUCUGGCGGGCCAUGAUAACCGUGUGAGCUGCCUGGGUGUGACUGAUGAUGGCAUGGCAGUGGCAACAGGAUCGUGGGAUAGUUUUCUGAAGAUCUGGAACUAAACCUGUAGAUUGCAGACGAACUCCGAGGUGACUGGAAGAUCAUUCCACAUUCAAUUACGUUGCAUAUCCGAUCCACUGAUACUGACUUGGACACCCCCAACUUCAAAGGGCAAAAUGUACUUUUAACCUUUGCUAUAAUGAAGAGCACAAAGUUAGACAACUUUAAAUGGAAGAUUCUGUGGUAUAAAUAUGAGAUUGCGCAUUCAUUUUGGGACCAUUAUUUUGUUUUGUCUUGAAAACACUAUUAUCCUGCAAAAUACAACUUUAAAAGAAAACUUGGUAAUCAUGAAUAAAUCGCUAAUUUUCUCAGUAAUUUAAAGUUUUAGCACCAUGCGGGUUUGCUGCAGUUAAAGGUUUAAAAACUAUGUUUUAACACGCAUCUCAAUUUUUAAGUUGUUUUUAGCUAAGGAAUUUAAGUAUGAAAUUUUCUGGAAAACAAGGGAGUCCUUGAGCAGCAUCAUUCUGGUUUGUUAAUGACUGUAAAUUAGUAUCAAGCUCUUUUUUGGUCAUGUCCUGUCAUGGACCUUUCGUUGCACAAAUAUUGCGAAUGAAAUAUGUUGAAACUAAACUAACUAAGACACACAGUCAUAGUAAUGAAUGCUUGUUUUUAAAAUGUAAUUUUUUUCACCCCUCUACACUUUAGUGGGUAACAUAGAAAAAUGAAAACUCCCCAAUAAAUUUUAAGCUGGCUGGUUUCUUGGUAAAGUUGCUCAGGGCCCAUUCAGCCUGUGCUUACUAGAGAUUCCUGCUUUUAGCAGCUGCAGAUGUCCUGUGCUUGAAUUUGGUCAAUGUGUGUAUCAAAUGAUGUAAGUUCAAUGUUGAAAAUAAUCUUGAAAUUUCUACGUUAAUUUUUUUUGGGAGUUUUUUUGUUUUUCCUUUUACCAUGGGUUUACUCUUAUAGAAGCAUGCUGUAGAAUUGCAAACAGUGGAAUUAAGUCAAUAGAUAUUCUUUUAUGACACACCUGUUAAAUUGUAACCAUUGUAAUCAUGGCUACUCUGUGCAUAAUGAAGAAUAAAAGGCUAUGCACUUUUUCGAGUAGCGCCGUCACAACAAACUUGACCCGUUUAAACGAUCUUCACAAAUGAUUCUCAAACAAACCAUCCUGUUUAUCCAAUAAAAAUAAAAAUUUGUAGAAAGCUUAAUGUUAGAAUCAUUUUGUACGGGACAGGUUUCUGGCUUUCUGAAUAAUUGAUGGCAGAAGUUUCUGCAGCCAUACUUUACUGUAAACAGAAGUGCUCUUUACUAGCAUUUAGUAGCUUUUCCAUUCUAUCCCUGCAAACUUGUACAGAUGUGCUGUAAUUGUGCGUAGGCCUAAAUAGGCAACUCUCCAUUAAUUCUGUAGGUCUUUCCUCAUACUUUCCUUUUGCCUUUUGUAUUUAAUUUUAAAGUCGGUGUACUACAAGAAAGCUGGAUGCAAGAUAGAUACUAUAUUAAAAUGUACUGUUAUUUAAGAUGUAAUAAAGCAGUUUGACACGA